GAAGCCUUUGCAUUUUCGUUCAACUUUCUUUUGACUUUUCGAUUGGAUUGGAGAAUUCACUUUGUUUGGCGAAGCCCCCAGGUGUAUCCCUAUAUUUUGUAGCACUGUAGCUGAGAGACCAUCCUGCUGAAAAAAACGACUUCAAUAGUACGCGAUUAAUGCUGAUGAGUUUUAGUGACCAUGACCGCUAACCCGUGCAUAUUCUGUUUAGAUGAGCAGCGGAAUCCACAUCUUAUAUCCUGCGGUCAUUCGUUCUGUGCGGAAUGUUUCGAGCGGUACAUUCAACUCGGUUGCGACACGCGUUGUCCACUCUGUCGUCGCGACUUCCGGCCAAACUUUUCGCCCGCCCCUCCAGAACCGGCACCGGACGGAUCCUUGCCGGCGUCCCUGCCCACGGACUCGGUCGAGGGGGACACCGACACGCUGAUCCUGACCCUGUCGGAGCAGGAGUGCCGGCUCUUCGAUCAACUCUACCGGGAAGCCCAGCUGGGAUGCUGAUUUUUCGAUUGUGCCUUUUACUAUCUGUUUUCUAUGAUUUGUAUAUAUUUGCAUAUUUAUUUGUAGUUAUACAUACAUAUAUGUUAUUACAAAAGUUUGUCCGUUUCACAAGAGUCAUUAAAGCCAAUUACAAUAAACACUAA